AUGUCUGCGCCGUCCACCCGCGGCCAGCGCGGUGGCAGCGGCGCUGCGAGGGGCGCACGAGCGGCUCCGUUCACCGCUACUCGAAGUCGCGAUAGCAAUCAAGGAUCCACCAAAUCCGUAUCUCCAGCACGUGGGAGAGGAAGAGGGCGAGCUGGCGCCACUGCUGCUUCAACCAGUGGAGAUGGAUUGUUGCAGAAACUUCGAGCGGGAACAGUCAAGAGGGGAUCGGACAAUACCACAUCAAGCUCGAGCAGUGGAAGAGGUCGUAGUGCUUCAACAACAGCGCCCUUCACACCCAAUUCUCGAGGACGAGGACGAGGCCGUGGACGUGGACAUCUGUCGCAAACGUUUAUUACCCCCAAAUCGCCAGCACCCACGCCAGAACCCCGCCGGUCCUCUCCGACUCCUUCGAACCACCGUGAUUUUAUGAACAAUGCUUUUGCCAAAUUCCAAGUGCUCAAACCAAAAAGAGAAGAAGAGAGGGCAAAGGCCAUUCGCGAUGGCUUUCUGGCAGAUCCGGAGAAAAAGACAAGUUUGGACAAGGCAAUCACCCCCGUCGGAACCUGCACAGACAUGUGUCCAGAGUUUGAAAGAGUGGAGCGCAUUGUCCAGAACAUGGUCGACAGGGCAGAAAAGGUGCACAACGAAGAUACGGGAAAAGACAUCCCUUCAGAAGACCGCAUGGUUAAACGAUUUCGUCGUUCUGCUGCGGGUUAUGACGAGCAACUUCCUUCAGAUAUACGAACUCCAGCAACUCUCAAGAAAACCUUAGAUUAUCUCCUAGACAAGGUGGUGGGCGGUGGUGAGCGGCUUGCAACUAUCCACAAGUUCGUCUGGGACAGAACGCGAGGAAUUCGAAACGACUUUUCCAUUCAACAGGUCACGAAUGUCAACGACGUCGAAAUUGCUGUCGACUGCUAUGAACGCAUCGCCAGAUUUCACAUCCUCUCGUUGCAUCAAUUAUCAAACCCCGAUAACCUUUGGGAGGGGGAAAACUUUGAUGCGCAUCAAGAACGCGAGCAACUUAACAACACCUUGCUAUCGUUGCUGUACUAUUACGACGACAAUCGGCAGCGUAUGGAUUUCCCUAAUGAAGGCGAGUUUCGAGCGUACUGCGUCAUCUUCGAGCUGCAGUCGCAGCAUCCCGACCUGGAAGAUCGCAUGCAGUCUUGGCCCAGCAAUCUACUCCAGGACAAGAGAGUACAAACAGCGCUCAGGCUAUAUACCGCCGCAGGGAACACCCUUUUCGAUCAAGGACCUCUCCGGCCCAUGGAGCCAUUUGCCAUUGCCCAGAGCAACACGGGAAGUUUUUGGAAUAUUCUGUCAUCCUUGGCUGUCCCCUAUAUCAUGGCCUGCGUUGCAGAGAUAUACUUUGGCCACGUUCGGUUUGCGGCCUUGGACGCGUUGUGGCGAUCAUGUAAGAGUGCUCCCGCAGCUCAACAAGCCAAAUCGAGAGACUGGAGUCUCAGCGAAGUCACGAGCUUUCUGGGGUUCGACACCGAAGACGAAACCAAAGACUUUUGCGCCGCUUUCAACCUUUAUUUCAGUACGGAUGAGCAUGGUGAUGAGUAUCUAAAUGCGACGGCCAACAGCGCCCACUCUCUCGAUCAAUCAUCGAUCCCCAAUCAACAAUUAUUCUCACACCAUUACGUCGAAAAGAAGCGAUUCCGUCGGACGCUUCCCGCCGUCAUCAAUGGCGUGACCGUGGCAGAAGCCAUUCGACAGGGCUGGGUCGAGGGCGACGAGGAGGAAGAGGCGAGCGAGGAAGAUGCCAGAGAGGAUGAUCAAAGCAUGUUCAUUCCUGAAAGCAAGCCGAAUUUCGCCUCUACGAAUACUUCAGUCUUCGGUUCUCCACUCAACCCGCAAGCUUCACCAUUCACUCCGCAGUUUGGCUCUUCUGGCUUUGGCGGAUUUGGUUCUUCUCCUUCGACGUUUGGUAAAUCCACCUCUACUCAGCAGCAACCAGAAUCGCCCUUCAAGCCUGAGGGAGUCACUCAACCGCCAAAAGUCCAACAACAAGACUCGUUUGGCUCUGGAGGCUUUGAAAUCCCACCCAAAGAACCGAAGUUCAAUUCUACCAACACCACUGAGCCAACCGCGUUCAGGGCAGCUGAACUUAUUCAGACGAACGAUUCUAUCUCACCCACCCCUACCACCACUACAGCAUCAUUCAAGGGAUUCAAUUUGGGGAAGCCGCUUUCUGCAUCUGCCACCACCGCACCGAAUACUACCGCAUCGUCAGCUCAGUCGGCUCCGUCUAUAUUUGGACCACACCCAGUUCUCGAGCCGGCCUUUCCCGCUCUUUCAGGUCCAUCUGAAGAGUCGAGCACCAAGGCAAACACGUCAUCACCAGCGCCGUUCAAAUUCCCAAGCUUCACGCCGCCAUCUUCACGACCUGUUAACCCUCCCGACAUUCCAACCCGGACUCAAACCUCAGAAAUCCCACCGACAUCGUCACAACUACCCAGCGCACCAACUUUUUCAUUUACACAAGCUCGGCCGCCUCGGUCCUCACUCACUGAGUCCACAACGGCGCCUAAAUCUCAGCCGUCCCCGACAAACACAACGUCAGGAUUCUCAUUCAACCGGACACCAAAUACUUUGGCGGAUUCCUUGGGGCCGAGAUUUUUCACGACCAAGCCAUCUUCGAUACCAGAAACGAAACAACGACCUUCCGAAGCUUUCAAAUGCCCUCCGGCACCAUUGCCAACGGGUUCGUCAGCUAAUCAGGGCCCAGCCGAACAACCUUUGACCGGACCAGAGCCAACGACCGAUCUCUUUGUCGAUAUCAACCCUUCAACAGCAGCGCCGCAAGCAGCACCUCAAAUCAGCACAACCCCACCCCAUUCUCCUGUUCGGCCUCCAUCCAAUCCAGUCUUCACGGAGGCAGAUCGUAGUAAGCUGGCAGGGAAUUUGGCUAGGGCCGCAUUGUUGCGGCCGCAUGGACUUCUUCAAAACUACGUCGAAUACACCCUUCCUGAUCUCGUGAGAACUGCACUUAACCAGCAUAGAUUGGAAGUGUUUGAUGCGGCGGUUGCCUCCAUCCGUCAACGUAUUCUGGCACGAAAAUUUGGAUAUCUUUGGAGAACCCGAGCUUGGAGGAACAAGUUAAAUCGGCGAGCCAAGAAUCGACGACAACUUUUUGCGGAAGCUACGAGGGUCGAACAGGCCCGGAAAAAGAGAGGCGAAGAGGAACUGGAGGCAAUUUUGCACGCUGCUGAAGAGACCAAGCGGCUCCAGAGAGAAGUGAAGCAAGCCACUCAGGCCCAGAUAUUGAGGGACAGUACACAAAACAAUAAUUCGACCGGUCGGAUCGCUGGACAAAAGAGAAAAAGCUUCUCCAGACCGAAUGCGAAAGAGAGCGCGAUUUCGAAAAAUGGGACAUCAACCUCUGUGGGACACAAAAGAUCAAGGACGACGAGCACUUUCCCGGAGCCUCCGACCUCGGUUAGAAGUGACGAAAACGCUGUUUCAGCCUGGCAGACAUCAACUUCGAGACCACAACAUGUGUCGAUCUUCUCGGGUGCAUCCGUCCUAGGUCGCUCAACUAGCAACCAAGAUUUGCGUCGAGCUGCCCGCAAAGUCGACACUACCCACACCGACUAUUUCAGGCUAAAAGCUCUAGGUGUUGAUCCCGAGGCACCGAUCGUCCCAUAUACCAAGGAAAGUCUUGCGAUGCGAAAGUUGCGAGAAGCUGAAGAGAGGCAAACCGCUAUCGCCAGAGCGAAGAAGCGCAUUAGUCACCUGGCUUCGGAUCAGAGUCCUCGGGCCCUGGCAUGGUCACCUGCACUUUCGAUUCCCGACGCUCCCAACCCAGUCUCCAAAGACUCUCCAGGAAAGAUGGCCAGUCAACCCCAGGGGGAAGAUGACUUUCUCAAGCAAAUCAGGGAGGCACGAGAAGCCAUGGCCGAACAAACUGAAUGGUUCAAACAGCAAACAGUCACGAUCGAAAAAGAAAUUGAACGAGAAGAAGAGUUAUUCCGAAGAAGUCAGACCGAUCAAAGCAUUAGCCCUUCAGCUAGUGGGUUGGCCAGAGCAAAUGGCUACGAAUAUUAUCCAGGUGAAACCAAAUCCGGGUUGAGUCUAUCACGAACAGAAAGACGAAUUCGACAGACUGGUGCUCAUGGAUUAGCUGUCAGACCUUUGCGGUCCAGAUCAGAAUGUGUUCCUGUUGCAAUGUCGAAGAGAAGUGCUCUUUGUUACAGCAGAGGGUCGAAUUUGUCAAGCGAACAGGGAUUUGGGUCAAGUCCGGGAAGGAAAAGAUCUCGUGACGAGAUGGAUCCAGCCUUCACUAAUGAAAGACGGGACCAGGACACCAACAAUAUUCACACCUCGAAGCGUCCACGACCUCCGACAAGUUCCUCAGCACCAGGUGGUAUUAGACGGGAGAAGCCGAAGGCGGCGCCUCACAAGAACGGUCAAAAUUCCUAUCAACUUUUGCAAUCUGUCUCGUACGAGGAUACUGAUGCAGAUGAUGACGAUGUCGAAGAAAGCGACGAGGAGCAAGAAUUAUAUGAUGAGGACGAGUCCGCCGAACAUCAUCAGCCAUAUGGCACACAAAAUGGUGCAGACCCGGAUGGUGAGGAGGAAGAACUAGAAGAAGAAGAAGACGACGACGAGGAAGCAGAGGAAGAACUCGAAGAAGAAUACGAAGAGGAAGAUCCUGGACAAUAUCACCGAUUCGGUAGUGGAUAUCCUGAUGAUGCGGCUACACCGACAACGAAUCCGCAAUUAAGUCGAGCGACUAGCAGUGCUCCAGGCGGGAGCAUGGAUGAUGCUCUUGUUUUGAGUGAUAGUGAUGGUGAUUGA